GGACCCUGCCCCGUAGCUAAGUCGGAAACAUGAGCGGCGGCAACUUGAGUGAGAACGAGGAGUUUGAUGAGCAGUUGCGGAUGCCAGAAUUGUAUGGAGAGCCCAAGGAAGGCGACCUCCAGGAAAAUCCCAGCGAAGAAGCUCAUUCUUUGGGACAGCAAUCCUCUGACACCCCUUACGAGUGGGAUAUGGACAAGAAAGCAUGGUUCCGCAAGAUCACUGAAGAUUUCACUGCUCCAUAUCAGGCCAGUUGUGGUUUCCCUGAUGAUGGAGCAUCAAGCUCUACUGCAGAUGUACAAGAUGUCAGUGCUGGUCACCCACGGGCACUUCUGCAGAGAAAACCCAGCGAGCCCACUGAACCCAAAAGGAAGGGAGAAAAAAGAAAGGCUGAAUCAGGAUGGUUUCAUGUUGAUGAAGACAGAAAUACAAAUGUAUAUGUGUCUGGUUUGCCUCCAGACAUUACAGUGGAUGAAUUUAUACAGCUCAUGUCCAGAUUUGGUAUUAUUAUGAGAGAUCCUCAAACAGAAGAAUUUAAGGUCAAGCUUUACAAAGAUAAUCAAGGAAACCUUAAAGGAGAUGGACUUUGCUGUUAUUUGAAGAGAGAAUCUGUGGAGCUUGCAUUAAAACUUUUGGAUGAAGAUGAAAUCAGAGGUUACAAGUUACAUGUUGAGGUGGCCAAGUUUCAACUGAAGGGAGAAUAUGAUGCUUCAAAAAAGAAGAAAUGCAAAGACUAUAAGAAGAAACCGUCCAUGCAACAAAAGCAGUUGGAUUGGCGACCUGAGAGGAAAGCGGAACCUUCCCGAAAGCGCCAUGAGCAAGUUGUCAUCAUCAAAAAUAUGUUUCAGCCAACGGAUUUUGAGGAUGAUCCAUUGAUGUUAAAUGAAAUCAGAGAAGACCUUCGAGUAGCGUGUUUAAAGUUUGGCCAAAUUAAAAAGCUCAUUCUCUUUGAUAAACAUCCAGACGGUGUGGCCUCUGUGUCCUUCAGGGAUCCAGAAGAAGCUGAUACCUGUAUCCAAACCCUCGAUGGGAGGUGGUUUGGUGGCCGUCAAGUCACUGCUGAGGCCUGGGAUGGGACUACAGAUUACCAGGUGGAGGCGACCACAAGAGAGCGAGAGCAAAGGCUGAAAGGCUGGGAGACUUUCCUCAAUGAGCCUGACACCGACAGAGGAGGCCGGCGUUCUAGUCUCACCAGUGCCUCCGAAAGAGCAGGGCCUUCUAGGGUAAGGCAGUUUUCCGAGCACUCUGGCACAUCUCAAAUGAAUGCCACUGCUGACCGGGCGUUUGAAGCACCUCAAGAUGAAAAGAAGUUUGAAAACCCCGCAGAUGGGGAAGAAUCUGAAGAGGAGGCUGCUGAAAAGGCUGCUAGAGAAAGUAGCCCCAGUGAAGAGUCUGAAGACAGCAGCCCUGAAAAAGAGUCUGAAGAUGGCGGCCUCAAAAGAGGGGCUGAGGAAGCCUGCCUGGAAUGGGAGUCUGAGGAAGGCAGAUUCAGCAGAGAGUCUGAAGAGAAUGGCUCUGAAAGAGAACCUAAAAAGAAGAAACUCAAAAAAGAUUAUGAAGAGAAUGGCUUUGAAAAAGAGCCUACAGAAGACAGCCCUGAAAAGGACUCUGAAGACGAGGAAGGUCCCCCAAAAGAAUCUGAAGAGGAUUCGGAAAGAGAAUCUGAAGACGACGACGGCUCAGAAAACCAGUGGGAAGAGGACUCGGAGAAGGAAUUGGAAGAAAAUGGUCUUGAAAAAGACACUGAUGAAUCUGACUCUGAAAAAGAGUUUGAAGAUAUCCUUGAAAAAGAGUUAGAAGGUUCUGAAAAAUCUGAAUUUGAAGAUGAUGGCUCUGAAAAAGUGUUUGAAGAGGAAGAUUCAGAGAGAGAGUCUGAAGAGGAUUCAGAUGAAAACGAAGACGAUGAUACAUAUGAAAAAGUGUUUGACGAUGAGUCCAAUGAAGCAGAUGACGAAGGAAAUGCAGAUGAACAGGAGCUGGAAGAUGGUGAUGCUGACGAAGAGGACGAGGAUGAGGAAGAUGAGGCAGAGGAAAAGCUGUUCCAAGAUUCAGACGAAAAGGAAGAUGAAGAAGAUAUAGUUGAAAAGUUGUUUGAUGAUGACGAUUCCGACAAGCUGUUUGAUGAGGAUUCCACCAGCAAGAUGUUUGAGUCUGAUGAAAUGGGGACUCUGGGUUAUUUGGGGACUCUUCAAGAAGAAGACCCCCUGUCCACAGGUAGCAGCUUUGUCCUCAGUAGUGACGAUGAUGAAGAUGAUGAUGAUUAA